UGGGAAGCGACUAAGUCUCGCGAGAGCCAGCGGUCCCUCUGCGUUCGCCUAUUGUGAGAGUUUUGAAGCUCUCGCGUGAUCUGGGAACUUUCCCACGCCUGUUGUUGUGGCGUCUGCCCUUUUCGCUCACUGCCCCCCCUCGUUUCCAAAGUGUGGCCUCCCCUUCUCUUGUGUCUCCUUACCCACCCCCUUUCUCCCUUCUCCCUCGUCCCGACACCUUCAUUCGGCCUCUUGUUGUCUCGACGGAUUGCCGGGGCUGCGGGGAGAGGCCAAAAAAAAGGAUAUCGCGAGUAUUGGAGUUUUGAUGAGAGUUUGUGGAAGAUGGCGCCUGUUGUGACAGGGAAGUUUGGGGAGCGCCCUCAACCACAGCGCCUAACCAGGGAAGCCAUGAGGAAUUACCUGAAGGAGCGAGGGGACCAAACUGUCAUGAUCCUGCACGCGAAGGUUGCCCAGAAAUCCUACGGCAAUGAGAAAAGGUUCUUCUGCCCACCUCCUUGCGUAUACCUGAUGGGCAGCGGCUGGAAGAAAAAGAAGGAGCAGAUGGAGCGGGACGGCUGCUCCGAGCAAGAGUCGCAGCCGUGCGCCUUCAUCGGCAUCGGCAACAGCGACCAGGAAAUGCAGCAGCUUAAUUUAGAGGGGAAGAAUUAUUGCACAGCCAAAACCUUGUACAUAUCAGACUCCGACAAGAGAAAGCACUUCAUGUUGUCUGUCAAGAUGUUCUACAGCAACAGCACCGACAUCGGUGUCUUCCUCAGCAAGAGGAUCAAGGUCAUCUCCAAGCCUUCCAAAAAGAAGCAGUCCCUGAAAAACGCCGACUUGUGCAUCGCGUCGGGCACAAAGGUGGCGCUGUUCAACCGCCUACGCUCCCAAACGGUCAGCACGCGCUAUCUCCACGUAGAAGGGGGCAACUUCCACGCUAGCUCGCAGCAAUGGGGCGCUUUCUACAUCCAUCUUUUGGAUGACGAGGAGUCGGAGGGCGAAGAAUUCACGGUGCGAGACGGUUACAUUCAUUACGGCCAGACGGUCAAGCUAGUGUGUUCGGUCACCGGCAUGGCGCUGCCCAGAUUGAUCAUCCGGAAAGUAGACAAGCAGACGGCGCUGCUGGAUGCCGACGACCCGGUUUCCCAACUCCACAAGUGUGCCUUCUACCUGAAGGACACGGAGCGCAUGUACCUGUGCCUCUCACAAGAAAGGAUCAUCCAAUUUCAAGCCACACCAUGCCCAAAGGAACCAAACAAAGAGAUGAUCAACGACGGCGCUUCCUGGACAAUCAUCAGCACGGACAAGGCCGAAUACACGUUCUACGAGGGCAUGGGCCCCGUCCAGUCGACUGUCACCCCUGUGCCUGUGGUGGAGAGCCUGCAGCUCAACGGCGGUGGAGACGUCGCCAUGUUGGAGCUAACGGGACAGAACUUCACCCCGAAUUUGCGAGUGUGGUUUGGGGACGUGGAGGCGGAGACCAUGUACAGGUGCGCAGAAAGCAUGUUGUGCGUGGUGCCCGACAUCUCGGCGUUCCGCGAGGGCUGGCGCUGGGUGCGGCAGCCCGUGCAGGUGCCGGUGACGCUGGUCCAUCAAGCGGUUGCACUUACGAAGCAUAUCAAGGCCUUCUUCACGUCUUAUUCGAGCUUUCCUGACAGCAAUACUGUACAGCAAUUUCACCAGCCAGCCCGUAAAGGAAUAUCCAGUUGGACUCACUCCAUUAAAACUCUCCAAAUAGUCCAAAAGGAAAAAAAAAAGCAGGCAAUACGACUGUAAACUUGAAUGUGUGCCGAUUGGAGUGCGAGAAAAAAAAACGUGCAAAUUAAGUUAUGCCACCCUCAUCUGCCUGUUUGUCAAAUGUUUUCUAUUUUAUUAUUUUAAAUGAUCCCUGGUGAGUAUAAGCGGAUGAGUGAAUGAAUGAAUUUUUUAAAUUAUUGGUACAAAGUUUCCCCCUUCAUCUUAUGUCAAAAAAAAAAAAAAGUGCAUUAUUGCCUGCGCUGCCUGGGAUUUUUAUUGUUAUUAUUAUGAAGAGUCAAAAAAAAGCCAAUUCCUGUCUGGAUUUGUCAAGUAGCAAAACAAAUACCCUUUACCAGCCAGGACCGGCUUGUUUUUUUGCCUUUGUUUACACAUACAGUGGUAUGAAAAGGUAUCUGAAAGUUUUGGAAUUUCUCACAUUUUUGCAAAAAAUCACCAUCUUUGUCAAAAUCACACAGAUGAAAAAACUGUCUGCUUUAAUUAAAACCCUCCAAAUGUUUAUAGGGUUUCAUAUUUUAACUAGAAAUGGCAAUUUCUGGAGAAAUUACUCGGGGUCUUUGCUGUGUGGAGAUACAGAUCUUAGCCCCGCCCAGGUUGUUUUAGGGACAUUUCGGGGACAAAAUCAGGUCAGUUCCUGUUGAUUUGGGGACAUUUGGGGGACACGUUCUGGUCGUAGCUGGUCAGUUCUUUUUGAUUUGGGGACAUGUCCAGGUCAUAUCAGGUCAUUUGGGGGCGUGUCCUGGUCAUAUCAGGUGAUUUGGGGACAUUUGGGGGACACCUAUUGAUAUCUGGUCACUUCCUGUUGAUUUUGGGACAUUUGGAGGCCACGUCCUGGUCAUAACAGGUCAGUUCCUGUUGAUUUGGGGACAUGUCCAGGUCAUAUCAGGUCAUUUGGGGGCGUGUCCUGGUCAUAUCAGGUGAUUUGGGGACAUAUGGGGGACACCUAUUGAUAUCUGGUCACUUCCUGUUGAUUUGGGGACAUUUGGGGGCGUGUCCUGGUCAUAUCAGGUCAUUUGGGGGACACCUAUUGAUAUCUGGUCAUUUCCUGUUGAUUUGGGGGACACAGAUCUUAACCCCGCCCAGGUUGUUUUGGGGACAUUUCGGGGACAAAGGUCACUUCCUGUUGAUUUGAGGACAUUUGGGGGACACGUCGUGGUCAUAACUGGUCAGUUGCUGUUGAUUUGGGGACAUGUCCAGGUCAUAUCAGGUCAUUUGGGGACAUUUGGGGGACACCUAUUGAAAUCUGGUCACUUCCUGUUGAUUUUGGGACAUUUGGGGGACACGUCCUGGUCAUAACUGCUCAGUUCUUGUUGAUUUAGGGACAUGUCCAGGUCAUUUGGGGGCGUGUCCUGGUCAUAUGAGGUAAUUUGGGGACAUUUGGGGGACACCUAUUGAUAUCUGGUCACUUCCUGUUGAUUUGGGGACAUUCGGGGGACACGUCCUGGUCAUAUCAAGUCAUUUGGGGACAUUUGGCGGACAACUAUUGAUAUCUGGUCAUUUCCUGUUGAUUUGGGCACAUUUGUUUUUUUUUUUUUUUUUUGCGAUUGUAAGUGAAUGGGAAAUUUGGACAUCCAUGGGCGUCGAUGGCAUCGGCUUACAUAUGUGUCAAUGGAAUCAGGUACAUUUGGGGGACACGUCCGAUUGAUAUCCGUUCAUUUCCAGUUGAUUUGGGGCCAUUUGUUUUUUUGCCAUUGAAAAUGAAUGGAAAAUUUGGACGUUCAUGGCCGUCAAUGGCAUCGACUUACAUUAGCGUCAAUGGAAUCAAAGUACAUUGGUAUCAAUAGAAUUGAUAUACAUGGCCAUCAAUGGCAUCUGACUAAAUUGGCAUCAAUUUAAUGUAAAUGCCAUUGGAAAUGAAUGGGGAAAUUUGGACGUCCAUGGGCGUCAAUGGCAUCGACUUCCAUAAGCGUCAAUGGAAUCAGGUACAUUUGGGGGACACGUCCGAUUGAUAUCUGUUCAUUUCCAGUCGAUUUGGGGACAUCUGUUUUUUUGUCAUCGAAAAUGAAUGGGAAAUUUGGACGUCCAUGGCCGUCCGUCAAUGACAUGGACUUACAAAUGUGUCAAUGGAAUCCAAGUACAUUGGCAUCAAUAGAUUUGAAAUACAUGACUGUCAAUGCAUCAAUGCAAUGUAAAUUCCGUUGGAAGUGAAUGGGAAAUUUGAACGUUGCAUCCAAAUUCUGUAUAAAACUUUUAUGCCCUUAACUGUCCCGGAAUUUAUGUCCAAAUUAUGUGAUUUGGUCAAAAAUUGUAGGACUAGAUACAUUUUGAAAAAAAAAAUAAAUAAAUAAAUCGGUGAAAAAUCGGCGUUGACGGGCGAACGGAAAAUUUUUCGGGGGUCGUGUAUGGAGCUAUAAUUGUCAUAUUGCUGAUGAUGGCUGGCUGAUGAUGCACAACACAAGUCAUUUUUUGCACAAAAAAAGCUUUUCAUUCAAUAAAGAAACCAUAUACAGUACAAGGGAUGAUGUUAUAAAAAAAAAUAAAAAAUUAUGUGGUGACAUAUGACAUUUCCCCCUUUUCCCCUUAGCCCAAAAAAACCCCGGGACUUCCAGUAAAGAGAAAUUGAAACCAAUUUUUACCAAACAAUUUAAGUCAGAUGUAUGCCCAAUCACUGAUAAGUGGUUUAAAGCUACCCUGCCCACUAUAAAACACACACCUGGUCAAUUGUCUUGACGAGAAGCAUUGUCUGAUGUGAAUCAUGGCUCGGUCAAAAGACCUGCGAUCAAGGAUUGUUGACUUGUAUAAAGCUGAGAAAGGAUACAAAACCAUCACGAAAAGUCCAAAUUUUCAUCAAUUGACAGUCAGAGAAGUUGUCUUCAAAUGGAGAGAGUUUGGCACUGUUGCUUCUUUUGCAAGGAGUGGCCGUCCACCAUAGAUGACGAGCGCAGAAUACUCAGGUAAAAAAAAGAAGAGUGUCAGCUCAAGGCUUACAGAAUUCACUGGCAUAGUCCAAUCUAUCGGUAAAACUGGCCAAGAAUGGUGUUCAUGGUAGGACUCCAUGGACGAAGCCACGGCUGUCUAAAAAAAUAUUGUUCCUCGUUUAACGUUCGCAAAAAGGCACAUGGACACGCCACAGAAGUUUUGGCAAAAUAUUUUGUGGACUCAUGAAACCAAAGUUGAAUUGUUGAGCAUCAUGAUUUGGGGCUGUUUUGUUGCCUCAGGGCCUGGACAACUUGCAAUCAUUUAUGGAAGAAGCAAUUCAAGUUUAUCAGGAAGGUUUUCAGGAAAACAGACAGAAUCUAAAAAGAGGAUGGGUGCUGCACCAAGACAAUGAUCCAAGACAUGGAAGUAAAUCAACUUCAGAAUGGUUUCAGAACAACAAAAUACACGUUCUUGAGUGGCCUAGUCAAAUUCCAGACUUGAACCCCAUUGAGAAGCCGUGGCAUGACUUAAAGACAGCGAUUCAUGUCAGACAUUUCAGGAAUCUGACUGAAUUAGAGCGGUUUUGUAGAGAGGUAUGAACCAAGAUUAGUCCGGAUCCACGUGCCAGACUGAUCUGCAGCUCCAGGAAGUGUCUAGUUGAAGUUAUUGCUGCCAAAGGGGUGGACACAAAAUAUUAAAUGUGAUGGUUCAUUUGCUUAUUUUUUCCCCUUCUGUCAUUGUUUUGCAUUCUAUUCUCAUUAAAAUAUGAAAACCGAUAAAUAUUUGGGUGGUUUUAGAUAAAGCGGACACUGUUUUUUCAUCUGUGUGAUUUUGACAAAGCUCAGAUCACAUUUGAUGGGGAUUUUAUGCAGAAAUGUGAUAAAUUCCAAAAGAUUCAGAUACCUUUUCAUACCACUUUAUUGCUCUUCAUCUCUGGCCGGGGCUCGAACCGCGAGCCUUUUGUUUCUUUAAAGGGACUUUGCUGAGGGCUGCGAAAACAUGUUACACGCCUUUUUUGUUUUUAACUCUUCUGGAAGCAGCUGUUCUUUGUUUUUUUUAACGGUUAUAACGAGCGGCGAACAAUGUAUGUAAGCUCUUAAAAAUGCCAAAUGUCUGACCGUGUGUUUUGUUUUCAUGCACUGCACAGUGAGAGGCAGCUUUAAAAGUAACAUUUAAAGAAAAACAAAGUAGCUCUCAGCCUUACUUUUCAAGACUAUUGUGGAGCGCUAACUUUUCUCUCCCCCUGGUUUCUCUCACUAUUUUCCUUAUUUAAUAUCACUGUCACUAUCCUUCGCUCACUCACUGUAUCUGUUCUUCUAGUACUGGUCAUUGUGGUAGUAUACUCUGUGCUCAAAGGGUAGAAACCUGUGCUGUUUGUAAUAUUUAGCAAUAGCAUCAAAAAACAAGGGGAUUUUUUUUUUUUUUUUUUUUUUUUUUGGAAUAGCAUAGUUUUUUUGUACAUAUCGCAGCUCGAGAUCAUGCUCCAAUCUGUAUGUCAUUAAACACGGGGAAAAAUGCAUAAAAGUGACAUUUUAAAGACGUCUCUGCUUAUU